AUGGUAGUGCGGCUUCGAUUGUCGAGACUGGGAUGCAAGAACAGACCGUUUUUCAGGGUAAUGGCGGCAGAUAGCAGAUCUCCCAGAGACGGCAAGCACAUUGAGGUCUUGGGUUACUUCAACCCUCUCCCAGGGCAGGAUGGUGGUAAGAGAAUGGGUCUCAAGUUCGAUCGAAUCAAGUACUGGUUAUCUGUUGGUGCUCAGGCAUCAGACCCGGUUCAGCGUCUCCUUUUCAGAUCCGGUUUGCUUCCUCCUCCUCCAAUGGUCGCUAUGGGACGUAAAGGUGGAGAUAGAGACACUCGCCCUGUUGAUCCAAUGACUGGUCGCUAUGUCGAUGCUGAAAAGAAAACACCGGUUAUCGAUAACCAGCCCAAGGAAGAAGACAAUGCAGAAGACAAGAGUCCAUAAUUCAUUAGACCAAGGAAGAAGACGAUGCAGUCCGUGAACUAAUCGCCUUAGCCUUUGUCGUCGUAGCUUCGGAAGUUCAUUUUGGUACUUAUGUGUAAUGCACAUUUCUAGUUAAUCUUGGUUUAUUUUAUUCCGUUGUAAACGACUAGGCGUGUUGAGGUCUUGAGGGAGGUUCAGGUUAUAACUUUGAGGUUUAUGAUGUGCUUAUUAACACUACCUAUAUGAAAUUUUCUUUAAUCAUC